CCGCACUCAAACUUUGCGUUGCUCUUCAAUAUCCGCUGCUAUCAACGGCCUCCAGUUCCGUUGUUCUUGGACCGCAUGGUAUCUAUCAAAUCCAUUAGCCACAGUGCAUCGCCUAUUGCUGGGGUCACCUGCAGCCCUACAAGUACACGUAGCAUGGCGGAUCAUACAGUAUCCAUCGAAGGCUUGCCUCGCCCAUACCACCAAAGCCUUAGGCCCGACGUCUCUCUCGGCCAUUGCACAGGAUCCCUUGGCCCAGAACCCGGAAACAAGCCUGCUGUGUCGCGGAAACGGCCUUUGCGAACACCCACAUCAAAUGAAACUUUUCAACCCACACCUCCAAUAUCAUAUUCAGGUGCGGAUGAGCACUGCAGUCGUCCAGGCAAAGGAGGACAAAUCACAUCCGGCAAGCAUUGUGAACCAUUCCAGACUUCGCCCGGCUCCACGGUCGUCGGGCAGGAGAGGGAUCCAGCCCGAUAUCUUCCCAAAUUAAGCCGCAUCAUCGAGGGACAGGAGCCGAAGACCAGUAGGCACCGCGAAGCCUCUAUUGUAAGUUCAAGGGGAGACUCAAUCUCCGCGCGUCGGCAACACCGAAAUGUUGAAGAAGCGAUUCUGAGCAGACGACCGACGAGGCAAGAUCACGGAUCAUUGAAGCGUCGUGUGGAAACCCCGCGGGGUUUACCGGAUUCGUCGUUUUCCUCAGCGUGGCCAGGACAUAAACAGUUGUCAACUGUAUCCAGUGAUAGUAAUUCCACCAUCACACAGGAGUCGUAUAAUAAGACUCGUAUCGAGAAAGAUAUUUCUUCUCAGGCUUCGCAUUCUACUUUACAAAGACCUGAAAGCAUGGGCCGUCCACGACGAGGGCGUACUGUCCCACAAAGGAAACAACGCCAUAGCCCCGAAAAAGUUCCUACCAGUCACCGAAGUAGUCCCACCGCGUCUUCUGUUUCCUCUCGUGGAUUGGAGACCGCCAGUGAUAGUCGUAGUGAUGGCGGCUCCUCCACUGCCGAGAGACCUUCAGUAGAGUCACCUUUCACAUCGCCGGCUUCAAUGAGAAGAACGAGCUACGUAGAAUCUCACGAUGACGACGACAGCGAUUCCGAGGCUGACAUAUCGAUUCGCGAAGCUAGCCCCGAGCUACCGCAUCAACCAAGCCUGAGCGACGAAGCAGAAGAAGACCAUAAAACGAUGCAUCAAGUAAAUGAAGAAGAAGACGAGAGUAGCGAGGAGGAGUCUGAAGAUGAACACACGCCCGCUGCUGGAUCAAGAAGCGGCCACUACAGUUCUCACGGCAUGGCAUUAGAGCGGAUGCCGCCUCCAAGGGCGCCUUCUUCCUCCUCUCAUGAGGAUCAGUACAGUAGGCGUCUGCGGCGACAGACACAAGCACUCAGCGAGCACGUGUUGCAGAGUCCUCAACCACACCGAGACUUCCAGUUUGUAGGAGGGCCAUCGCCACACCCUGAAUAUGGGAUGCCUUUGUAUGAUCCUUAUGCACGUUCAGGAGCAUCCCCUGCCAGCUUGCAGGCUGCAACACAUCAUGCCCCUCCGCCGGGGCCUCCCAUGAACUACUAUUCGCCUCAACACGCACCACCUGUGCCCUAUGUUCCUGGGUAUGACCAGGAUACUGCGAUGAUUGCUCGUCCGCCAAUGCCGGCAGCCAAUAGUGCAGCUCCCGUAGCUCCACCUCCGCCUUUUCCAUAUCCGCCAACACAUCCUCCUCUCUACCAAACACACCCGCAGGGUUCCGACUGGGGAAAGCCUACGGUGGUGGGAUACGAGCUUCUAGCCGAGAAGCUAAGUGAGAAGGCCAAGGGGAGCCAUGAUGGAUCGAGUUCCGAGGGUUCGGUGGCCCCCCUCUAUCGCAGAUUUGAGCACUUGAAUCAUCGUGUAUUGCUUCACAUCCAAGAUGAGAUUGCAGAAAUGGAAGAAGAGCUGCGGCACCUGGAUGAAUGUAUCGCGCAAUCGUCAGCGAGAGAUGAAGCAGGGCGUAUCCAACCUGCAUCUAGGCGGAGCGAAAUGCGCUACGGGAACGAACAGCAUUACCGGAGGACUGAACUGUUGGGUCGGAUAUUUCUGAAGCUGGGGCAGUAUAAUUCGGCCAUGUCCUCGUUCACCAACCUACUAAAAGAUGUGAGCCCCGCGCAGACGGCAGACAUCCAGGCGUACCGAAGUUGGAUGGAAAAGCGCACACCGAUCACGACAGGCGAGACUCGUUUUCUCGACGUCAAAGAUGAUCUACUGACGGUGUCACGGAAUGGGGCAGCCAGUAAACCCGGUGGCGCACCGAGCCACGAAACAGCAACGGCUCUUCCAAUUAUUCUUGCCAUGCCCCUUUUGGCGUUUGCAAUUGUGCCCGGUCUAUUGGGUCGGCUGGCGAUUCUAUGUCUGAAUGGCGCAGCGGUCAUGAAACUGCUCACGUCAACCAGGGAGCUGAAGGAGCUGAUGACGGUGCGGGAAUGGAUGGGGUGUCUCUCCAUUUAUUUCGGGGUCAUGGUUCUGGCGGCAUUGGCGCACUGA